AUGAUGACCACUGCAGCCGAAAAACACGAAGAGCACCAGUUCCUCAUCGAGUUGACCAACUAUUUCCGACGGAGGAACGUCAUGGUUAGCCCACCGACAAUCAGUGGCCGCAGAAUAGAUCUGUUUCGUUUAUACAAAAAGGUGACUAGUCUCGGUGGAUCCGCCAAGGUGUCCAACAAGAAUCAGUGGAAAGAGGUGUUGUCGACACUGAACAUUCCCAGAGAUUGUUUGGGUGCCGACCAUGCCGUGCGCAUGAUUUACAUGCGAUACUUGUCUCGCUUCGAGCAAAAACGACUGUUUGGCACGGAUAGCGAUGAUGAAGAUGCAGGUGGCAUGAUCGACGGCAACUCGAGGUCAUCGCGCGGGCGUCAUCACAUCAACUCGUUACAUGCUGCCGCCAUGCGGUCGCAUCAUCACUUCCUUCCUCCUGCCACAGGCACCGGGCCGCUCCACACAGCCAGAGAUGCGGCGAUUCGUCUGCGACAGAGUUUUGUUUCCGGCCUGCCGAAUGAAGUAGACUUCGCCGUCAACAUCUGUACUCUUUUGUCCAAUUCCAGCUCUUCGAUAUCCAAGUCGUUUGUCGCACCGUCGCUUUUUGAGGUCAUGCUGGCUCACAUCGGUCUCUUCGAAGAAGACUCGUCCUACCGAACUUUAUAUACGGAUUGCUGGUCAAAGUACGUUGACCGGCGAUUUAUGAAGUACUGGUUCUGCUCGAUCGAUGAUCCUGAAAUCCGUGAUCUUAUCGGCCCUUCGGAAUUGCCAGUCUCUUGCGUCGAUAGCAGCAUAUCGACGGAAGAAAAGCGCAUGUUUAACGUCAUGCCCAAUCCUACGUACGACAGAGUCGUACAUGAACGGAUCGUUCAGGUGAGUUUUCGUUGGGAGUUAUUCAUGAAUAGUGACUGAGU